CACACAAAAUAUAUGUAUAGAUACACAUAUAUUAUAUAUAUGAAUAAAUAUAUUUGUAUGUAUAGAUAGUUUUUUUUUUUGUGGAAUUUGAAAGGAAGGAAGGAAGAAGGUGUUUUUUUGAAUUAUUAAGCGAAAAUGGCAUUGUUACGGAAAUUGUUCUAUAGGAAGCCACCUGAUGGACUGUUAGAGAUCUGCGAGAGAGUUUAUGUGUUUGAUUGCUGUUUCACCACUGAUGUUUGGGAGGAAGAAAAUUACAAAGGCUAUGCAGGAGGUGUGAUUAGUCAACUUCGGGAUCAUUACCCUGAUGCGUCAAUAUUGGUUUUUAAUUUUCGUGAGGGUGUGUCGCAGAGCCUGAUGGCAAAUAUUCUGUCUGAGUAUGAUCUGACAAUAAUGGACUACCCUCGGCACUAUGAGGGUUGCCCCUUGCUUUCAAUGGAAGUGAUGCACCAUUUUCUAAGAUCCGGUGAAAGUUGGCUCUCACUUGGGCAACAAAAUGUGCUUUUAAUGCACUGUGAACGGGGUGGUUGGCCAGUUUUGGCAUUUAUGUUGGCUGCGUUAUUGAUAUACAGGAAACAUUACACUGGAGAGCAGAAGACCUUAGACAUGAUUUAUAAGCAGGCUCCUCGUGAACUUUUGUACUUGCUGCAGCCACUGAAUCCAAUUCCUUCUCAGCUAAGAUACCUACAGUAUGUAGCCAGGAGGAAUGUGAACAUGCAGUGGCCUCCAUUGGAUAGAGCACUCACAUUGGAUUGCAUCAUUAUUAGGGCUAUACCUAAUUUUGAUGGCGAGGGUGGUUGCCGGCCAAUAUUUCGUAUCUAUGGACAGGACCCGUUUCUAGUUUCUGAUCGAUCGCCAAAAAUUUUGUUCUCAACUCCAAAGAGGAAUAAAGUUGUCCGGCAUUACAAGCAGGCCGAAUGUGAAUUGGUUAAGAUUGAUAUCAAUUGCCAUAUUCAAGGCGAUGUUGUGUUGGAAUGUAUUUGCUUGCACGAUGAUUUGGAGCGGGAACAGAUGAUGUUUAGGACUAUGUUUAACACAGCUUUUAUUAGGUCAAACAUUUUGAUUCUAAAUCGUGAUGAACUUGACACUUUAUGGGAUGCUAAAGAUCAAUUUCCAAAAGAUUUCAGAGCAGAGGUUCUUUUCUCAGAGAUGGACACUGCUGCUUCUGUUCUUCCUGUAGAUUUGUCCUGUUUUGAGGAGAAGGAUGGCCUACCAGUGGAGGCAUUUGCCAAAGUUCAGGAAAUCUUUAGCUCUGUGGAUUGGAUAAGUCCAAAGGCUGGUGCUGCUUGUAAUGUGCUCCAACAAAUAACCACGUCAGGUUUAAUUCAGGAAAAUUUGGAAUCCGUUCCUCCCCUGUCUACAGACACUAGCAUGCUCCUCGAUCAAGCAAAUUUGGAGACUCCUGGAGAGAGGAAGGGACCUGCACCAGUGGACAAUGAUGCAAAGGGCUCGUCACCAUUUACAUUGGAGCAGCAAUCUAUGUCAUCCAUAAAAUCAUCCUCCAAAGUACAACAAAGUGACCAACAGAAAGUUGAACCUCAAUUUAUUGGGACCAAAAGUGAGAUGAAGGUGUCAAAACUGCAGCCGUCAAUUCCUCUUUCAAAACCUUCUCCUGCUGACCUUAGUACAGAACCUAGUGUGUCUUCUGUGCCAUCACAACAGUCCCUGUACGUUUUUCCAACGUCGGAACAUCCUCCACUUAUAAAGAAGUUGGAUCCUCAUGUACAAGAAUGUGAUAAGCUGAAUGACCUUCCUUCCCUACCUGAGACCAGGACUCCACCCUUCAAGACCAGCAUUCCAACUUCACCUUCAUCCUCAUCCAUACCUGGGAAGGAUCAGGGUAUUGGUAUUGGACUAGUUCUAUCUCCUACUCCAGUGACACCAGCGCCGCUCACUCCUCCCAUGAAGGAUAAAUUAGUCACUGGAACUGUACCUUAUGCAUCUCCGGCUGCUCCACCCAGAACCCAAGGUCCUCCAAUUGUAUCCUUGAAGGAUGAAAAACCUACUUCGUCUCAACCUGAUACAUAUCUGCUUCCUCUAGCAGCACAGAAGCCAGAUCAUAAAGGAGAACCUGCUUCACCUCCUCAUCUUACUGGGUUGUCUCUGUCUCCUUCCCCCUUGGCACCAUCACCAGAGACUCCUCCCGUGAAGGAUAAACUAGUCACUGGAACUGUACCUUCUGCAUCUCAGGCUACUCCACCCAGAACACAAUGUUCUCCAAUUGUUUCCUUGAAGGAUGAUAGACCUACUAUGUCCCAAUCUGAUGCACCUCUGCUUCCUCUGACAGUGCAGCAGCCAGCUUAUGAAGGGGAGUCUACUUCACCUCCUCGGACAGCGCAGCAGCCAGGUGAUGAAGCUGCUGAAAAGGAACCUACUCGACCUCUUCAUCCUUCUAAAAGUUGUCCUCCAUCCCUAGCUCCUCCUAAUUCCUCUUCUCCAUCAGCUGCCAUUCCCUUUAUCAAACCUUUAGAACAACAGUUCGUCCAGAGUAGUAAUUUUUCACCACCGCCACCGCCACCGCCGCCGCCACUGCCACCGUCACAACGUCCAAUCCCUCUAUUGAACGAGAAUGUUGCUUCCAUUGGUGGAUCACCUCAGCCACCUGUUCCUCCCACUCCACCUUUGAAGGAACAUUCAGUUUUCAGAGGGGUGCCAUCACCUCCACCACCUCCGCCUCCACCCCUCGAGACUCAUGCCCAUUAUUUACACCCCCAGUAUUGAGCAAGAAUUCUGUCUGUACUAGUGAACCACUUGAACCAGUCCCAACUUUGAAGGGAAGUUCAGCUUUUAGAGAUAAGUCACCGCCACUACCACCACCUCCUCCUCCACCUCCAUGCCAGUUAACUACAACCCAAAUAUUGAACACAAAUUCUGCCUCUAUUUGUGAACCGCCUCCACCUC